AGAGCUAAGUGAGUUAUAAUGAUAGGUAUGUCGCUUGACGACGCUUGAAAAAUUUGAGAAAAGUUGCCCGAAACUUUUUCAACUCCUAAACAACAGCAUUAGCUGACUCAAGCUCACAAGAGUAUCAUUUACUCUCAUUAGAGAUUGAUUGACAAAAAUUUCAGUUUAAGGAAACAAAUACAAAAAGACUGUUUGCUUUGAACGCCGUCAGUAAUCUGAAUUACACAAAAAAGCCGGCCAAAACGUCAAAAUGUUUAAACAAGUUCGCUCGCGUUUGAGUCUUUCGCACAAGGAGCCGUUGGAAAUCGUGUUCGACCCUCCCAGCCAAUUCACGGAUUUGAAUGGGGCAGCCAUGGACUUCCAGCACAAUCUUCCAAGACCAGAGGAGCAACCGGUAUUUUCGACACGGGCCCAUGUAUUCCAGAUUGAUCCUGCAACGAAAAAGAGCUGGCUACCGUGUUCCAAGCAGGCGGUAACUGUAUCAUUUUACUAUGAUCCUAACCAAGGAACACACCGAAUCAUUUCUGUUGAUGGCGCGAAGGCAAUUAUCAACAGUACUGUAUUAGCAAACAUGACAUUUACUAAGACAUCACAGAAGUUUGGUCAGUGGUCAGAUCCCAGGGCAAACACUGUGUUUGGAUUAGGAUUUCCAUCAGAAGCUGAACUCAACAAGUUUGCAGAGAAGUUUAAAGAAGCUAAGGGUGGCACAAAAACAGUUGUGAGCAACAACAGUGGAAACUCCAAUUCUCCUGCAGCACCUGUUAACGCCGUUACUACUAAUGGCACUUCAAGUGGAUCAGUAAAUGGAACAACUGAGUCCCCUCACAGUACACCUGGCGCUGGUCACAAAUCUCCAUCACUAAAAAGUAACUCAUCUGCGAGCAGUGGUGAGGAUGAAUCAAAAGAAUCAUCUGGGAUCAGUCAUAAACUGAUUGGAAAUACCGAAUCUCAAUUGAAAUAUGAAAAUGAUAGAUUGAAGAUGGCCCUUGCUCAGAGUUCAACCAAUGCUAAAAAAUGGGAGACAGAGCUGACAACAUUGAAGAAUAACAAUGCAAGGUUAACAGCAGCACUUCAGGAAAGCACAACUAAUGUUGAAGAGUGGAAAAAGCAGCUGAAUGCCUACAAGGAAGAAAAUGGUAAACUCAGGAAAAAGGUCCAUGAAUUAGAAUCUUCUGACCAAGUAAGUGAGAAAUAUAAUUCCCUGACACAAGAGAAACUCACCCUGGAUGGCCGUGUGAUUCAACUUGAGAGCAUGAUCAGACAGAAGGACGAGGAAAUCACCUCUCUGAGACAAGCAAAUGCAGAACUCACAAACCAGAACCAGACAGUGCAGCUUGAUAAUGAAAGACUGCAGUUAAAAACAGCAGAGAUGAGCUCACGCUUGAAUGAGACAGCUUUGAAUGAAACACGUGUAAAAGAGCUAACUGAAUUGCAGCAAGAGCUUGCUUACAAAGCUGAGGAGAUUAAUGCUCUCAGCACACGACUUGCAGCAAGCCUGGAGAUGACACCUCCUUUAGCAGAAAGUUGAAUUGUAAUUGAGUGAAUUUCUAGCUUUUUACAGCUUUAGCUUUCAGCUGCUAAACAGCAAAAUAAUUUAUUUAUAGAAUAAUAAUAAUCAAAUGAUUAGUAGGUGAUCAGCUCUUUAAAUUGCUGAAGUGUGGCAUAUAACUUUAGUU